CAAAGUUUCCAAACUUCAUCUCUUAUGACGCAGCUUUUAAUUGAACCCAAAAACUCCAAUUCCUCUCUGUCUCUCUCUCUAUAUCUUCACCAAAACAUUUACAAAGAAUCUUGAACUUGUUCUUUCCAAAAAUUCUAUUAAAGCAAAAAAAAUUACAAAAAAGAAAAAAAAAAUUGUGAAUUAUUGUUGUGCUUUUUAUGGAUAUUUGAUGAAUUGAAUAACCCACAAAGGAAUUCCUGGUUCUUUAUCUUGUUGGUGAGUUCUUGCCAAAUUUGUCUUUUUGGGAACUUGUGCUCUGUUUUUACUCUGUUUUUCUACUUGUAAUUCUUGCCAAAUUUGUCUUUGCUAAGCUUCUAUAGUUUGGUUUAAAAUGGUAGUGAAUUCAGACUCAUAUCCUUAAUCUUUCUAGUACACAUUUCUCUUUUUUCUUUUUUUCUUGAUAUAUUGCUAAUUUUGGGUCUUGAUUUUCAAGAAUCUUUCCUUUUUCACAUUUGCAUCAUCCUAAGUUGUGUGAACUACCAAAGUUUUGAUUUUCUUAAACUCUUUUAGGCUAUUUUUUUGGGGUGUAUUUUAUGUGACAAUGUUACAAGAUGAUGGUUCAUCAUCAGUGACAUCAUCAUCACCACUUCAAAACUUUUCCAUGAUGUCAUCACUUUCACCUAGUUUUGGUUCACCAUACCAAUGUCUCAAAGAAUUGAAGUCUGAGGAAAGAGGUUUAUAUCUAAUUCACCUUUUGCUUGCUUGUGCUAACCAUGUUGCUGGUGGUAACCUUGAAAAUGCUAACAUAGCACUUGACCAAAUUUCCCACCUUGCAUGUCCUAAUGGAGAUACAAUGCAGCGAAUCGCCUCGUAUUUCGCUGAGGCACUUGCUGAUAGGAUUUUGAGGUCUUGGCCUGGUAUUUAUAAGGCCUUGAAUUCGACUAAGUUAUCGGUUGUAUCGGAGGAUUUUUUGGUCAAGAAGAUGUUUUUCGAGUACUUUCCGUUCUUGAAAGUGGCUUCCGUGAUCACUAAUCAAGCGAUCAUCGAAGCUAUGGAAGGAGAAAAAAUGGUUCAUAUAGUCGAUCUCAACGCUUGUGAGCCCCUUCAGUGGCGCGCGCUGCUUCAGGAUUUGAGCGCGCGCCCUGAAGGACCGCCUCAUUUGAGGAUUACAGGGGUCCAUCAGCAAAAGGAAGUGUUAGAGCAAAUAGCACAUGUUCUAACAGAAGAAGCGGAAAAGCUUGAUAUCCCUUUUCAGUUCCAUCAGGUAGUUAGCAAAUUGGAGAAUUUGGAUGUGGAGAAACUACGAGUGAAAACCGGGGAGGCUUUAGCUAUUAGUUCAGUUAUGCAAUUGCACACUCUUUUAGUUCAUGAUGAUGAGCAACAAAAGAAGUCCCCUGUGGCUUUUAAGCAUUUGAAUGGCCUUCACUUACAAAGGGCAUUAUUAAACCAAAAUACUUUAGGGGACUUGCUCGAAAAAGAUACAACUAAUGAAUCGGCAUCUUCAUCUCCGCUAUCUUCGACUGCAUCAGCAAAGAUGGAUGGAUUCCUCCAUUCAUUGUGGGGUUUGUCUCCAAAGGUCAUGGUGGUCACAGAACAAGACUCGAACCAUAACGGAACGACCCUUAUGGAAAGGCUAUCGGAGUCGUUGUACUUUUAUGCUGCAUUAUUCGAUUGUCUUGAAUUCACACUACAGAGAACGUCGUUAGAGAGGUUAAAGGUCGAGAAAAUGCUAUUCGGCGAGGAGAUUAAGAACAUUGUAGGAUGUGAGGGAGUCGAACGGAAGGAGAGGCACGAAAAACUGGAUAAAUGGUUUCAAAGAUUUGAUGGAGCCGGUUUUGGGAACGUGCCUUUGAGUUAUUACGCCAUGUUGCAAGCUAGGAGAUUGUUGCAGAGUUACAGUUGUGAUGGAUACAAGAUUAAAGAAGAGAACGGUAGUGUGGUGAUUUGCUGGCAAGAUCGCGCGCUUUUCUCAGUGUCAGCAUGGAGAUGUAGGAGGUGAGAUUUAGACCAGUUAAAAAUCAAUGGUUAACUUUUCAUUUUGUAAUGCACUACGUAGGAAAGUACUUUUGUGAAGUGAAAACUCCCAUGGAGAUUGUAAUCUUUCUAAUAGCUUGUUGUUGCCCUUUCUUGAGGAUGUUAGGGUGGUGACUUUUCAUUGUGUUGUAUACAGUUCAUAAUUUUGUGCAUGUUUUAGUUCCAUAAGGUAA